AUGGAAAGAAAUAAAAAACAGCACUUUGAAGAUGUUAUUGAAUAUUCACUUAGAACAUUAAAUGGAAAAAAUAAAGUUAGAUUAUCACCAGCAUUAGCAAUGAUGUUAAAUGGAAUGUCACAAAAUGAAUAUGGAGAUAUUGAAAAAGUAAGAAAUAUGUUAGAAGGAUUACAUGCAGUUAAAAUUUAUAAUGAAGAAGAAGUAAAUGAAGAAGAAGAUGUUGAUGCUGAUGAUGUAGAAGCACCUAUUCCAUUAGAAUUUACAAAUAAAUGUGAAUUAGAUUAUUUAGGAGUAAAGAAUGUAUUAUGUGGAGUUGAUUUAAAUCAUUCAGAUAUGCAUAAUAAUUUAAUUAAAUUAUCAUUUUGUGGAGUAUUUGUAGAAAGUGUAGCAAAAACAAUGGGAUUAAAUGGAGAAGAAAAAAAAGUAUGGAGCAAUUUAAAGAUAUUAAAACUUCAAAAAUGUCAAUUAACAGAAUUAGAAGAAGUAUUUACAAAAGAAAAUUUUCCGGAAUUAAGAUUAUUAGAUAUUUCUCAUAAUCAUAUUAAAAAAAUUAAAAGAAUUGGUGAAAGACCAUUAGAUGUAUUACAUGCAGAUUAUAAUGAAAUUCGUGUAGUAUCAUGUCGUCAAGUUAGAAAUUUAUCAGUGAUUACAUUAGAUAAUAAUAGAAUUAAAAAUUUAAAUGGAUUAAAAAGGUUAUAUAAUUUAAGAGUAUUAAGUGUAAAAAAUAAUUUAAUAGAUAGACAACCAAAUACAUUUCAAGUUUUUAAUAAAAUGUUUAAUAUUGAACAAAUAUUUCUUGAAGGAAAUCCAACAGCUGAAAUGGCUAAUUAUAAAAUUGAAAUGGCUAAAGUUAUUCCUUCACUUCAAUAUGGUAUGGACUGUUAUCUUGAUUCAAAACCAUUUACAAUGGAAGAAAAAGUUCAGGCGUUUGCAGAGAAUUCAAAUAAUAUUAAUGAAAUAAUGUUUGAUGAUGGAGAUGAUUUUGAUUUUUCUCAAUUUGAUGAUAGAAAAAAUAGAACACUUACAAUGUCACAACGAAGUGAUGCAUUAAAUGCAGCAAAAAAUAUUAGACAAAUGAAAGUAAAACAAUUAGAUAGAUCUAAUUCUAUGGAAGGAUUAGCUAUUUCAAAAGAACAAAUAGAAUUAGAUCAACAAAGAAUUGAUAAUCAAAAUUAUAUUCUUUCAAAAUUAAAUAUUCUUAAAAAAAAAAGUAGUGAAGAUCCUGCUAAAGUAAUUGAUGCUGAUAAAUUUAUUAGAAGAAUUAGACGUAUUGUAGAAGGAAUAGAAGAUCCUAAAACAACAGAAAGAUAUUUAGAAGAAGAACGUAAAAGAAAAGAAUUAGAAAAAGAAAAAGAAGAAAAAGCAAAAAUAAAAAAAGGAAAAGAACUUGGAUGGACUGGACAAUCAAUAAAAAAAAAUCAAGAAGAUAAAGCAUCAUUUUUAUCAAAAGAAAAAACUAUUGAAAUUAGAUUUGAUGAUUAUGGUUCACUUAUUCCUAUUCCAAUAUUAUAUGAUAUUAUUAGAACUGCAAUUGAUCAUAAAAGAACAAUUAAAAUUAAAUUUUUGUCUGCAAAAAAGAAAUGGGAUGGUAUUGUUAAUAUGACUGUUCCAUUAGAUUUUCCUUCUUGUUUUGAUUUCUUACAAUUUACAAAUUAUACAUUAAAAUCUAUUGUUAGUGCUGAACAAGAUAAAACUGAUUUUAUUCCUCAAUGUGAUAUUGAUAAAGAAGACCCACAACUUAAACAAAUUCUUAAUCCUCCUUCUGAAAUUAAACGUACAAUGAUUAGAAAAGUUGUUGGUUUAAAUAAAAAAUUUAAAUCAACUCAAAGUAAUAUUAGUAUUAAUGAAAAACUUCAAGUAAUGACUUUAAUGUUAGCAGGAGAAGAUAAUGAACCAGAUAAAUUAAAUGAACUUAAUACUUUAUUAAAAGAUAUGAAUUAA